AUGUUUAUCUUCAUCAAACAUGGAGAUAAUCAAGAGUUUCUGGUCAAUACCAAUUGCUCUAUCCGCCUGUUGCUGCAUUACAUCCAAAAGAAAAUGGGGUUGUGUAAAACAGACACCAUCGAUUUGUGUGAUGAAUCUGGGACCAUGAAGUUACUUUUCCAGUCGAAGACUCCUGAAGACUAUGCCAGCAAAUUCCUUACAGCUCGAAAUACCUACUACGUUUGUAAAGUGGAGCUUGGGGCACGAGGCACCAAAACUGGGAAUUUCUACAAAGCUAUUGUGCCUCUUCUGAAGAAUCCAGAACUGGAAAUAGUUGUGAUGGGAAGGUCAUGGGGGGUUCUGUCCUUAUCCCUCAGAUGUGCUGUUGCUUUUUCUUGUUUUCUGGAGUCCCUGUGCAUGCAAUAUGACUUCCUAGCGAGGAGCAGGAUAAAGAUGAUUAGAACCUUAGAAGCUAAGAUAUUGGCUGCCAUGGAAUCCUCUGUAAAUCUCCCAGCAAGAUCCCCCAAAAGUGGUGGAGCCCAGCAAGCUUCUACCCCAAGCAGCCAGCAGAAGUCCAAAGCUGGGCAUUGAGAAGAUGGGACCCCUCCCACUCGGGAACCAUUCUACAAGACCAGAGCAGACUUUCUGAAGAGACACCAUUAAACCAAUAAAGUAACCAAGUG